AAAAAUAUAAAUGAAAAAAAGUCAGCAUAGUUAUAGAGAGCUCUCGUCUCUCUGUUUUUGCAACUAAGAAAUCGAAAGAUCAAAAUCCGAUCGUUUCAAGAAAUCUCAAAGAGAGAAAGAGAGGAAAACAUGAGUUACUACAACCAGCCACCGCCUCCCGUCGGCGUUCCUCUGCCGCAGGGUUAUCCGCCGCAAGGAUAUCCUCCGAAGGACGCUUAUCCACCGCAGGGCGGUUAUGCUCCGGCGGGAUAUCCACCUCCCCCGGUGUACGGUCAUCCUCCGCCGCAACAUCAAAACCAAAAGGAAGAGGAUGGAUUCUUCAAACGCUGUUGCCAUGAAAUAUUUUGGUGGAUGUCUUGAUUGGAUGACCUUUUGGAGUGAUCAAACCACAUAAAAAUUUGAAUUCCUCCAAUGGUGUUAAAUUUGAAUUUCAUGAUCUCCAAUAUAUAAUGUUUCAUUUUCAUCUCCUUGGACUAAUGUGUACUUGCAGAUAAAUUGAAUUUCAUGAUCUCCAAUGUAUAAGGUUUCAUUUUCAUCUCCUUGGACUAAUGUGUAAUUGCAGAUAGAAUUAUUUCUCGAAAUAUAUGUUGUCAAGUUUUAAUAUAGUGAUCAGUAUC